CUCAAACUCAACACCUUCUCAUACGGGGUUUUCCUUGUUCUGCAUUUGGAUGACAACCAAAGUUCAAAAACCCUUCCCGGCGGCGAUUCAAACAGAACUGAAUUGGGAUUACAGUUUGAAUGAAGCCACUCAUCAGCUUCAGUGCAGAAAACUCUGCAGCCGAAGCUCCCAAGGUAACCCUUUCGUUCCGAAAGACUUGAUAUUUCCAUUUCAUUCAGCAGAAAGUCUUGGCAUUUGAGCUUCUGUAGUAAUCACUAGGCUUGGAAUCUCAUCAAACUGGUGAUGACCCAUUUGAAAAAAUUCAGAACAGCAUCCGUUCUCAAAUGGGUUUCUUCCAAUUUUGAUGAAAACCACCUUAGAUCAACAACCCCACUUCACCCAAUUGGGUAUUACUUUUUCCUCAAUGUUCAAAACCCUAGGUUUUACAGCACCAAAAGGGCUCCUCGUGUGACUGAAAGUCGCGAAAACCUGGAUAAAGCUUUGAUUGGCAAUGGAAAACAGUUAAAAGAAGCGCAAGCUGCAUUGCUGGAUUACUUGUAUUGUACUAGAAGCUUACAGUUUGGGGAUGCUGAGAAUAUGAGUAAAAACUCCCCACAUUUUCUCAGGAAGCUUCUUAACUGCGUUGAUAAUGAAACGGAAGUUGGUCCUUCAAUUGCCCGGUUCUUGCGUUACCACCCUAUCAAUGAGUUUGAACCUUUCUUUGAGAGCCUGGGCUUGAAUCCUUCCGAGUAUGUUUCUUAUCUUCCGCGGAAUUUGAUGUUCUUGACUGAUGAUGGUUUGUUGCUACAUAAUUACACGGUUCUGUGGCGUUAUGGAAUUGCACGCAAUAAGAUCGGAAAGAUAUAUAGAGAAGCAGCAGAAGUCUUUCGAUAUGAUUUUGAGGUUUUGGAAUCAAAACUUCAGGCUUAUGAAGAACUAGGUAUCAGCCAAUCUGCUUUGAUUAAGUUCAUUGUUGCUAGUCCUUAUCUUUUAAUUGGGAAUGUGAAUGCGGCAUUUGUUGAGGUAUUGGAAAGAUUGAAGAGUUCUGGAUUUGAAACCAGUUGGAUUGUGGAGAAUUUAUUGGAAGAACAUUCUUAUAACUGGAGUCGGAUGCUUGAAGUUCUACAUUUGUUUAGUGAGAUGGGCUGCAGCAAUGAGCAAUUGGGUCAACUAAUUGGUGGGCACGCAGAUAUUUUAUUUGAGGCUUCAGGGGAAACAACAUUUUCAUUAAUUGGGUUCUUACUGAAAUUUGGAUCCACAAUGAGCGAGAUAUAUUCAGUGUUUCUACGGUUUCCAGAAAUUCAAGUUAUGAAAUAUUUCUUGAAUUUGAGAAAAUGCAUUUUGGUCUUUAAUGAGAUUGAGAUGGAGGCUGCAGAUAUUGGGAAGAUUAUCCGUUCUCAUCCCCUGUUACUGGGUUCAUGUUCUAUGAAAAGAACUAACAGCUUACUUGCUUACUUGAAAGUCGGAAAGAAGCGCCUGUCGAGGUACAUACAGGAGAAUCCAGAAGAAUUAAAAAAUUGGGUUUUGGGUAGAAGAGUUGUGCCACUUCCAAAUGUCAGAGGGGACAACGCUCAGAAGACUCAGUUCUUGUUAGACAUAGGCUUUGUAGAGAACUCAGACAAAAUGAAGAACGCACUAAAGGUAUUUCGAGGAAAAGGAACGGAGCUCAAAGAAAGAUUCGAUUGCAUUGUCAAUGCUGGUUUGACAAGUGAGGAUGUCUGUGAAAUGAUUAAGGUAUCCCCGCAAAUACUUAACCAGAGAAAGGAUGUGUUAGAAAUGAAGAUUGAUUUUCUUGUAAAUCAUUUGGGUUAUCCUGUGUCAUCUUUGGUGGACUUUCCGUCUUUUCUUGCCUACAGAAUUAAAAGGGUCAAUCUUAGGGUAUCGAUGUACAAUUGGCUCAAGGGUCAAGGAACAGCAGACUCUAAGCGUGCCUUGGGCACCAUUAUUGCAAUGUCAGAUGCUAAGUUUUUAAGGCUAUAUGUAAAUCCUCAUCCUACUGGUCCGAAAGUUUGGGAAGAUUUCAAGAGUAAAAUUUAUUCCUCAUAAUAAAAAAGUCUUUUCUUCUA